AUGCUGAGUUUCUCUAGAGCCAGAAGUACAGGAAGAAACUCAAGACCUCUCGCAGGAGGGAUGGAUUACUUAGAACCCAAAAAGAAGAGCAAUGUCAUGGGAAAAAUUAUCUUGGGAGUUUCUCUUACAGUUUUAUUCAUUAUUUAUCUCAACCACAGAUCAAGUUCCUCAUCCUCAACCGCGUUCUCUCGUAGCGAGGAAGGAGUGACUCAUGUGUUAGUCACUGGUGGCGCUGGUUAUAUCGGAUCACACGCUGCGUUGAGGCUGCUAAAAGAUUCAUACCGUGUAACCAUUGUGGACAACCUUUCUCGAGGGAAUCUUGGCGCUGUCAAGGUCUUACAAGGAUUGUUCCCAGAAGAAGGGAGGCUUCAAUUCAUUUAUGCAGACUUAGGAGAUGCCAAAGCUGUGGAGAAAAUCUUCUCAGAGAACGCGUUUGAUGCUGUUAUGCAUUUCGCUGCGGUGGCAUAUGUUGGAGAGAGCACUCUAGAUCCUCUAAAGUAUUACCACAACAUUACAUCAAACACGUUAGUGGUUCUUGAAGCUGUGGCUAGACAUAAAGUGAAGAAGUUGAUAUACUCAAGCACAUGUGCUACUUAUGGAGAGCCUGAGAAGAUGCCUAUUGUUGAAGUUACUCCACAGGUCCCUAUUAAUCCUUACGGGAAAGCUAAGAAGAUGGCUGAAGAUAUGAUUCUUGAUUUCUCUAAGAACUCUGACAUGGCUGUCAUGAUCCUAAGAUACUUUAACGUGAUCGGUUCAGAUCCAGAAGGUAGAUUAGGAGAAGCUCCAAAGCCCGAGCUACGAGAACAUGGACGCAUUUCAGGUGCUUGUUUCGAUGCUGCUCGUGGCGUGACUAAAGGCCUUCAGGUCAAAGGAACAGACUACAAAACAGGAGAUGGGACUUGUGUUCGUGACUACAUAGACGUCACUGACCUCGUUGAUGCUCACGUGAAGGCUCUCGAGAAAGCUAAGCCUAGAAAUGUGGGAAUCUACAAUGUAGGUACUGGAAAAGGAAGAUCGGUGAAGGAGUUUGUGGAAGCGUGUAAGAAAGCAACAGGAGUAGAUAUCAAAGUAGAUUUCUUGCCUCGGCGACCUGGAGAUUACGCAGAGGUUUACAGUGAUCCGUCAAAGAUUCUGAGAGAUCUGAAGUGGUCUGCUCGUUUCACUAAUCUUCAAGAAAGUCUUGAAGUUGCUUGGAGGUGGCAAAAGAAGCAUCCCCAUGGAUAUGCUUCUUCUUAA